AAAAAAAUUGAGUUUAGGGUUGUUUUUUUCGAAAAUCCUAUUUGGAGUGAACAUUGUUUCUCACCGCCCACAUAGGAGGACUGCCCAGCCGCCGAUCUACGAACCCCCGAAGUCCGGUCGCCGGAUUCCUCGCGCGUGGGGCUCACGCGCCGCCUGAAGCUUCUGCGCGUGGGGCUCACGCGCCGCCUGAAGCUUCUGCGCGUGGGGCUCACGCGCCGGCGCGUGGAGGCGCGUGUGACGGCGCCUUCGACGGCGUUCUGUUGCCGAUUCUUCACUGGGUUCUUCUAAGCCCACUCGCAUCUGUUCUAGGUUGUAAUUCGGUAUUUGUUUGUCUUCUUCGUGUUUGGGUGUUCAUUCUUUGGUGUUCUUUUGUUCUUUUUCUCUGUCUUUGUGUUUGCUUUUGAGAUUAUGGCAGAGAUAAGAUCAGAUUCAAAAUCAGUUGUUGUUUCUGAUGUUGUUCCCGUAAUGUCUAAAAUCACGGAUCAUAAGUUGAUUGGUUCGAAUUAUUUGGAAUGGAGUAAGACGAUUCGACUGUAUUUGAGGAGUAUUGACAAAGAUGAUCACUUGACUGACGAUCCUCCUGAAGAAACAAACGAUUCAAGGAAAAUAUGGCUCCGUGAGGAUGCUCGCUUGUUCCUUCAAAUUCGAAAUUCUAUCGAUAAUGAGGUAAUUAGUUUGAUUAAUCAUUGUGAAUUGGUUAAAGAACUAAUGGGUUACUUGGAGUUUUUGUAUUCUGGCAAAGACAACAUAUCUCGCAUAUAUGAUGUUUGCAAAGCUUUUUAUCGCGCGGAGAAACAAGAUAAGUCUCUUAUGAAUUAUUUUAUGGCUUUCAAGAAAACAUAUGAAGAACUUAAUGUGCUAUUACCGUUUAGUCCUGAUGUAAAAGUUCAACAGCGCCAACGAGAACAGAUGGCUAUUAUGAGUUUUCUUGCAGGACUCUCAUCUGAAUUUGACUCUGCAAAGUCACAAGUUCUCUCUAGUUCUGAUGUCUCCUCUUUACAAGAUGUGUUUACUCGUGUUCUUCGCACAGAGACUACCUCUUCAACUCCUCUGAAUAGCGCCUUGGUGAGUCGUAAUAAUUCUGCACCGGAAAGAAACUCUACUCCAAGUGGAUUUAAAGGAGGUAAUUCACAAGGACCUGAUAACCGCACACCAAAUUCUGGGAGCAUCAUGUGCAAUUAUUGUAAGAAACCAGGCCACACCAAGUUUGAGUGUAGGAAGUUACAAUUUAAGAAUCGACACAACACUCUGCCAAUAUUGCAAGCACUAGUGAUGCAUCUGACAAAUCGGUCCUUAUUUCUGCUGAUGAAUUUGCCAAGUUCUCAAGGUAUCAGGAAACACUUAAGUCUUCAUCUUCUUCUGUCACUGCGAUUGCUGAUUCAGGAUCUUAUGACGAAGAAGAUUAUUGGUAAAGGACAUGAAUCUGGUGGCUUGUAUGUUCUUGACCCACUUCCGCCAACCUCUAUUGCUUGUUCGAGUGUUGCUUCCGCUUUUGAGGCUCAUUGUCGUUUAGGUCAUCCAUCCCUUCCUUUGCUCAAGCUCGUGUCCCCAAUAUAGUAGUUUAUCUUCGUUAGAAUGUGAGUCAUGUCAGUUUGCCAAACAUCAUCGUGUUAGUUUGAGUCCACGUGUCAAUAAACGUGCUAGUGUUCCUUUUGAGUUAGUUCAUUCUGAUGUUUGGGGUCCUUCUCCUAUUUUGU